AUGGAUUCCUUGGCCGAUGAGCUAGAGAUACAGCGAUUUGUCAGCGACCAGCAGUUCGCAGCGAUGAAUGUGCCACUUGAGGCCGCUAGCGAGAUGGCAGACGCAUUGAUCGCCGCCGAUUAUAUGGGAGAGCGAUCUACUCAAUUUGAGACUCGAACCUCGAAUGAGGCCGAGAGUGCUUUGCAAGAGAGCAGACCAUUGGCCUUGCGGCGUCUCGAUGCUCCAACAACAUUGGCAUGGCUUCGUGGUACGUCUGCCGAGCAUUGUCGCAACUUUUGCUCGGCGUCUGCAUGUCGAGUGCAGGCUCAACGCUUGCUUCCAUUUGCGCCCGAGUACAAGGGAUUUGCUUUGGCCGCCAUGGUUGAAACACUUUGCGGAGUGAUGGCAGGAGCACGCUAUGCCUCACAGCUGGUGGGAUGUCAGGGUUUGUUUGAGACGGAUCAUGAUGUGGCGGAUCUGGGUCAGCAGCUGCUGCGAGAUACUUUGCCCUGGGACGCCAAUCAGACGCCAUUGAUUCCUGGUGACAAGGAGAGUCUGCAUAUGCAGUUGGUUGACGAUCAGGAUGGCUUAACUUUAUCAGCCUCCACUCUCUAUCUCCUGCAGGAGUUGAGUGAGCGCUUCAGCAUAAAACCUCUUGUGGUUCGUUAA